CCGCAAUCAACCGCAUUCACGUCCUCCGCGGAUCUCGCACCCCCUCCCUAGCCUUAUAUAGGACCGACAACAAGAAAACCAAGCGAUCCAGGCAGACUCCAAGGAAGCAGAUCGAUCGAUCGAGUGUGCGGCGCGGUACUCCGUCCGCUCAUGGGGAAGGCCUACAACAAGAAGCUGGGCGUGAACAAGGCGUCGUUCGCCGGCACCGGCUCCGGGAAGGGCAAGGCCACGGGCGGCGGGAAUGGUAAGCGCGCGGGCGGGGCCGGACCGGGAGGCGCGAAGGCAGCAGGUGGUGCGGGCGCUGUGGGCUGGGGAGGCACGUCGACCUUCUCUGCCACCGGCCAUAGCACCAUCCAGACGGUAAGCUGGCAAACUUACCGGUCAGUAACCAUUACGCGUUCUUCCAAGGCGGCCACCGCCGGGGAAGGGAAGGCCACGAUCGCCGCCGGCGGCAACUCUAAGCGCUCGGGAGGCAGAACAGGCGUGGGCGCUACCGUCCCGAGAGGAGGCGCGGUCAAGGCCGGGCCCCGAGGAGAGAAGGGAGCGGGUGGUGGCGGCCGGGGAGGCGCGCCGGCAUUCUCCGCCACCGGCCAUGGCACCUUGCAGACGGACAUGCAUGCCAGGAAUGAGUACUACGAAUGCUCGUCUGAGCACGGCGUGACAUUCUCGACCUCCACCCAUGACGUCGCCGGGGGUUUCGACGGUGGCUACGACAAUGAUGGUGGGGGUGGAGCUGACGACUGGUGGUAGUGACCGAGCGCAAGGCCUCUUUGAAAUGCGAGAGAACUAUGUCCGAGAUGAAGUUCGACUCUUUAUCAAGUUUCUACUUUCUACUAGUAGUUCUUAUGUUAUCCUAUUCCUACCUUCGGUUGCCCAUGUAGUGUCUUUUAUGGGAAAUAUAGUCCUAUGUGUUCUCAGUGCU